AUGCCACGACCAGUCGUUGUUUUGCUGCGAGGCGCGGCAAUCCACGGCCAAGCUGAGCCGACCAGGACCUUCGCUUCCCACGCCUUCGCUUCCUUCUGGCACCCGGGAGCCACGCGCCACACCGCCCUGCCUGCAGGAGGGAGCGGAGCGCGCCAACUACGCUCGCGCACGCGCGCUAAAGCUCAGACUCCGGAGGAUGCGCAUCGAACGCUGGGGUUGUUCGUGCGCGAGCGCGUAAGGACGUCUUGCUUUCGUCACGACGGCGCCGCCACCGCCUCCUGUUUUCCUUUCCGGCGGCCAUCUUCGUUCCUUUUCCGCGUGCGCGCGUCAGGCUCCGCGCUUUCCCGGCCGCAGCCCUUCAGCUCCUCGCCCUGCCCAGGUCGGGCCGCUUCCUUCUGAGAAGGUACAAAGGAAGAGGCACCCGAGGGAGGUGGGGGAAGGGAGAUAGGCAGGCCUGGAGGCGGCGAAGGGGGGAGCAGCGGCCGCAGGUGCGCCUGGUAGGAGCCCUCUGAGGCCUUUGAGCCGGGAAGAAGCCGCGGGCCCUGGGUUCUGCGUGCGCCCGUCUCUCUCCAGGCUUCCGGGGGGUGUCUUGGGUCCCCUUUCGGCCUAGCGGCUGCUCUGGCUUGAAGGCCGUUCCUCGCGGUGGCGCAGGCUGCCUGCCUCACCUCAGAAGGUUCCUCACGGCCGGAGCCCGGCCGAGGGUGAGGCGAGGCCUCUCUUCCCUCGCCUGGGCCCGAGAGGGUGAGGAGGCUUCGGGGGCGCCGCCCGCCACGAGAACCGGGCUCAUCGGGCCCUCUCCGCCCUCUCCAAACUCUUUCCUUGGGUGUCGCCCGUCUAAUCGCCUCACGUCUCUUCUUCUUCCCUUAGAUGAAAGAAACUAUCAUGAAUCAAGAAAAACUAGCUAAGCUGCAAGCUCAAGUGCGCAUCGGUGGGAAGGUAAGGUGGCCUCGCUUCAUCUUCGCUGCCUCUCCAAAAUUCGUGUUUCCUUUCGCGUGCUGCAUUUUACAGUACUUGUACAGGACAUUAUUAUUAUUAUUAUUAUUAUCUAGCAACGCUGCAUUUAUGUUUUUACAGUUUUUCUGUAGCCCGUAUUUUGAAAAAGACAAUUAGGAUUUUGUUGUUGUUUGGAGGGGAAGAGGAGGUUAUACCCGAACUUAGGCAUAUGUAAUAUAUUGUUGCAUCCCACCCCAAUCUUAGAGAGAUUUCAGGGGUUCCAGGCACUUACUGAAGGUCUGUGUUUCCUUUUGGAACUGGGGCACAUAGCGGAGACUGUGGCAUCUUUAUGAUAUAUGGUUUUUUUACACAUGUAUAGAGACUGACCCUAUGAUGAAGAGGUUAACAGCAUCAGCGACCCAAAGGAGUCCUGUUUCUCCCAUAGCUGCACCUUGGAGUUAAAACAGUCAUCAGACAUUGCUCUCCGACUCUCUCUCUAACUAGCUGCUUUUUCCUGUAGGUCACAUCUCUGCAAACUCUCAACUCAAGCGUUUCCCUUCUAAUUAUCUGAGUUGACGGUGGGGCCCCACCCAUUUGUUGUCUCACAUGAAGCCCCGUUUCCUUUGUUCUCUUAAUGACACAUCACUCAGGCACUCGCCUCAACACAGGAAGCUAACCUGGUUUAUAUUUCAACACUUCCUGGAUCUAGGGUUUAGAGAAGGAUCUCACAUACAGGAACUCAGCUACUUCCCUCCACCCCAAACUCAUAACGCUGUUGAUGAAUUAAUGUAGAGUAAUGGUUAGCAUGCAGGACUUGACACAGAGAGACAUGUAUUAAAUUUUUACACAGCUGUGAAGCUCACUGGGUGCAUCUGGGCCACUUACCACCCCUUAGUUUAAACUGUAUCGAAGGAUGCUUGUAAGGAUAACAAAAAGAGAUGGAAGAAGCUGUUUUCCCUAGGGAGGGUGGUAAUAAGAAAUAACAAAAUAACUAGUUCUUAAAUGUUUUAUUAGUUAGCUGACUUUAAACAUAAUAGUUCUUCUAAUGUACACUCUUCACAAUAUUAUUAAUGCCUGAAUGAGCACAAAGAAUGUAACUGUGUUCAAAUAUUGAUGUUGAUAAGUUUGGUAAAAGGCUGGCAGAUGAAAAUGCUUUUACUCAUGGUGUAGGGUUGCCGUAGGAUUUUGUGUAACAGCAAAAUUUCCUGUAAUUUACAAGGCUGCAGUAUGAAACACAUGGCUUGAGAGUGAACUCAGACUUGGCUUUUGAGGAAACAUCCUUGGGAUUCUGCUGUAAAGAUUUAAACUACCUAAUGUAUAUACAGCCACCAGUUUUUUACCUAAUACUUUUGUCAGCUUUUAUUAUGUACAACUUGCAUCAGAAACCUAUCUUUAAUCAAGGUGGAGCCAGUGGAAUUUCAGGUCUGAACAUAAGUGCCUUACUGCUGGAACCUAUAAUUUUCAUUAUGCUAACUACUUUAAGGUGUCUGUCAAUGUAAUUGAAGUAAAACAAGCUUAGCCUUUAAAAUAUAGUACAAGUAAUUACUAUUGUGAGGCUUAAAAAUGCAUCAACCUACAGAUCUUGUUGGUUUUGUUCUAUUUAAAGUAAUUUCUAUUUUCUUAUGCUUGCACUAACAUUAAAAUUUCCAAUUUUUUUAUUAGCUAUAGCAAAGCCAUGAUUUUAUUCUUAACAGUUAACCUGUAUUUGCUUAGCUAGUAAACACGACAACCUGUUCUGGCAAAUAUUUAUGGGCAACAUAACUUUACCUCAGAUGUAACUUCUUGAAAAUCUUCCUAAAAGUUCUUGAAGAUGACUUGUGCUGACAUUUGUCUCUUUAUCUUCUAAUUCUGGACUGUGGUAUAUGAGACACAUUCUGUUGUUAGUAAACAAACAAACCUAGAGUGUGUGGCAACGGUUAUGCUUAAUUCUUUUUUUCUCUGGAGAAUGUUUGUGUUCCUGCCUCCAGCCAGACAUCUGCUCAGAUAAAUUAUUCAGAUUAAAGUAAAUGACCAAAAAUGAAAAACAAAAACAAAACAAAACUCUAAUCUUAAUUUGGUGUUGCAGCAAAAUCUGUAGAAACAAUUCCCUGCUAUCCAAGAAAUAUUUUUUUAGGUAUCUGCCUAGAUAUACUUGUGCUGCUCUUUUGUGGGAUGUUGCUUGCUUGAGAAAAUAGUAAGUGACUCUUGAGUGUUUGAAAGCUACUCUGCCUGCUUUCUGGGGGUAGAUUCUUGCUUGCCAGAGGCCACCAGACAAAUAUCUAUUUUAGGCCUUGCUUUCAUAAUUCCUGCGAACAGAAAUUAGUUUGUUAGUGGUCAUUCACUUCUCUUUAGUAGCCAGUUUGGUAUUGUUACCUAGCUUCUGAAAUACACAUUUUUAUUAUGUUACAGCCAGGAAUAGAGUUGCAUGCCAUUUUGCUGCUUGGAAUUCGUACAUUUUGAGAGGACUUAACAUUUAGUCUCCUUAUUCAUAGGGUACUGCCCGUAGAAAGAAGAAGGUGGUUCACAGAACAGCAACAGCAGAUGACAAGAAGCUUCAGUUUUCAUUAAAGAAACUUGGAGUAAAUAACAUCUCUGGUAUUGAAGAGGUAACUACUUUUUUUGUUUUUAUGGUGCUUUCAUAAAUUCUUUUUUCUGAGAAGUACUGGUUUUAACUCAUUUGAGAAUAUUAUCACUGUAGUUUUCGUAUUAAAGUUCAUUGUGAUUUCAAAAGUUUGCUUGCUCAAAAAAAUUUGUGUUGCUUUGCAGGUGAACAUGUUUACCAACCAGGGCACUGUCAUCCACUUCAACAACCCUAAAGUUCAAGCAUCUUUAGCAGCUAACACUUUCACAAUCACAGGCCAUGCUGAGACAAAGCAGCUGACUGAAAUGCUGCCUAGCAUCUUAAACCAGCUUGGUGCUGACAGUCUGACCAGCUUGAGGAGACUAGCAGAGGCUCUGCCCAAACAACGUGAGUAGAACUUGGAAGACUCACUCUGAGAAUUAAAAUUAUUGCACCAACAUGGGGCUUGCAGUGUUUGCUUGCUUGCUUUAUAAUGUUCUUUUUGGCUUUGGGUGUCCGCAGGAGUGACCUCUCUUAGAGAAGCCACAGAAAAUAUCAGCCCAUCUAAUUUCAUUUGAUGUGUGUGUGCUGCUGUUGCUGGUGGUUGGGACAGCCAGUUGCUUUUCAGAAACAAGACAUGAUAUCAAAGCUGCUUGGUCAUAGUGUCAUAGCCCUGAUUUAUACUAAGAAGGAUAUUAUUGGUGUAAAGAAGUGUUUCCCAUAUUUGGGUCUUCAGCUGUUUUUGGACUACAACUCCCAUCAUCCCUGGCUAGCAGGACCAGUGGUUAAGGAUGAUUGGAAUUGUCAUCCAAAACCAGCUGGAGACCCAAUUUUGGAAAAUGCAGUUCUCACAGUGAAAUAAAUAACCUGUUCAGAUGUUGUCCUUUAUAUAACCUUCCACAGAGGAUUGUACCAUGGAGAGAGUGGAUCCCUCCUCAAUUGAAAGGGUUUUAUUUUCUAGCAUUAGAGGGAAUCUCACUUGCUAUGGGUGGGUAGGGAAAAACUGUUUUCUGCCAGUCCCAUAGGGAAAUACCUGAACAAGUACUGAGAAGCUUAACCUUGGCUAAAUUGGCUAAUUAGUACCUAUAUGUGCAUGUAGCUAGGACAGGUCAUAUUUAAGUAAAAUAUAUUUUCAGCUGUUAUAUUUAGAAACAAAUGGUGCAUGGGGUACUCUUCAUUCUGUGCUUCAAAGAAUCUUAGAUUGAAAUGGCUAUUCUUCAAAAACAUUUGAUUUGUUACUUCCCUGAAUAUGAGAAUAAGUUCAGAAGCUCCUCCUCUCAAAGGGAUGGAUAUGGGACUUAAUGCCUUUUCUUGCUUGAAGGAACCUCUUCAUGACUGAAGUUUGACUGCUUGUUUCUGCUUUGUCAAAAAAUCGUUUUGGGGUCCUCUGCUUAGGCUGUAUUCUAGCAAACAACAAAGGCUGUGGACUAUGGAAGGGAGUGGUUGAUGAGCACGAUAUUCUAGAGUGGGUACUUAGGGAUGAAGCACAUUUAGUAGAAGCCAAGCUAAUUAGAAAUAAGUCAUGCUGAGUUCAGUGGGACUUACUCCCAAGUAAGUGGGCACAGGGUUGUAAUCAGUUACUGUGUUUUGCUGCAAAUUUGGCUAGUUUUGGGAAAGCCUGGCUUAGAAAUGUCUCAUUUGUGUUAAUCUGCUUGUGAUUACAGCUGUGGAUGGAAAAGCACCUCUUGCUACUGGUGAGGAAGAUGAUGAUGAAGUUCCAGGUAAAAACAAGUAUUCAUUUUUUUUUUUACAAAAGUAAUGAGUGUGAGGAAUGGACAAGGUAAUGAAGAGAAAGUGUUGUGGCAUUUCGGUAACAAUAAUAAUGAAACAAAAUACAUCUGUGCAGGAAGAAUGGUCAGUUCUCUGGUUUAUGCUUAAAUCUAGUGCUCUAGGUCUUGAUGUGUUUUCUUCUGUGCUUACCUUAAUGGAUUUGGGUAGUUGACUUUUUAGUUGCUGGUAUCACACUGCAUUUCAAGAGGAGAGCAGAGUUCUGGUCAUGGAAUGGGGUUUCCUUAUUUUCUCAUUCUCUUUGCAGUGUCAGAAAAUCAGAGGGUUGGAACUACUGGAUGGUGCAUAGGGGCUGUAGUAAGAAGGGGGAAAUUGCUAAAAUUGUAUGAGUGGAAGGGCCUUUUCACUCACACAGGACACAUUUGACUUCUAGUCAUUAUGUUUGUUCCUGGGAUAUCUGAUGACAGUGAGAUACAAUAGAAAAACUGAAAUAGGCCUGUCUAUGGGGCAAUGACUUUCCAGGUGCCGGCUGUUCACAAGCAGAUCCCAAGAACCUACUUUGUCUUUUAGACCUGAUAUCUGUCAGGUUGAGGAGGAGGAGGAUGGCGAGAACAUGGUGGUGGUUUACCUGUCAGAGUACAUUUUGGCUAAAUAUAAAAACCACUGUUCCCUCAUGCAUAGAGAGGAGUGAGGAUGAGUGUGCUAGAUCUGUCUCAUUCUUGCUGUUCCUGUUGGCCCACAUGAGUUGAGGUAUAACAUCUGAAGUAUGUAGGCUCCCUAUGUGAUUUUAGAGACCUGGAAAAAUCAGGUUUAAAUCGCACAGGGAGUCUACAUGCAUAGAAAGGAUACUUACUACAGAACUGAUUCCUAUGGCUAAUGGAGGGUGACUGGGUAGGGGCAGAGCUAGGAUCCUCAUCUUAGCUCUCCCUCAUCAUCUGAUAAAUUUAAAACUCCUGAAUAGAGCUUAAGUUUCACUUCUACUUGCUGGAUUGCAGAAAACUGGAAGGUUACAGAUGGGUAUAGUUGGGUACUUGUCCAGUGGGCUUUAAUGCUUAAUGUUCUGUGGUAGAUAACUUGUUUAUAAUUCAGCAAACUCUGGAUUUUAGGAUGAAAGACUUGGAAAUGGCAGUGCUGAUUCUUUGCAUGUUAAAAGCCUGACUGUUGUUAACUCUCCUUUUCAGAUCUUGUGGAGAACUUUGAUGAGGCAUCAAAGAACGAAGCAAACUGA